CGAGACGUGUGUUCAAAAAGAUAGACCAGUUUUUAAUAGAAGCCUGUGGGUAGAUCGCCAGCCUGCAAGGAUCAUAUCCCGUUUUCGCAAUUUCCUUCAUUAAAUAAGAGAUACAGAAGGGAAUACAUGGCUACAGUGACAGUCAUGCAUCGGCAGCCAGCCCUGUGGAGGCAGUGCCAUAGGACUGCUGGUAUUGGCAUCUGUCGUCUCCACACCAGCAGCAGCAAUGCCUCCUCCAAAGAGCAUUACAAGGUCCUAGUGCUGGGAGGAGGAACUGGGGGCAUCGCAAUGAGUGCUCGGAUGAAGAGGAAGCUAGGGGCGGAAAACGUGGCCGUAGUGGAACCCAGUGAGAUGCAUUACUAUCAGCCCAUCUGGACAUUGGUUGGAGCUGGGGCUAAAAGUGUGGCCUCCUCUGGUCGCCCUACAGCCAGUGUCAUACCUCCUGGGGUCAAGUGGGUGAAAUCCAAUGUACAGGAGAUCGACCCAGACACAAACACUGUGCGCACAGACAAUGGCAUGGAGAUCUCCUACCAGUAUCUGAUAGUGGCUCUAGGUCUACAACUACACUAUGAAAAGAUCAAAGGCCUGCCUGAGAUUGAUGAUUGGGUGAAAUUUAAGAUUGGUUCAAACUACUCUGUGCAAACCGUGGAGAAGACUUGGAGUGCACUACAGAACUUCAAAGAGGGAAAUGCUAUAUUCUCUUUCCCCAACACUCCGGUGAAGUGUGCAGGAGCACCACAGAAGAUCAUGUACCUGACCGAUGCUUAUCUCAGAAAGACAGGAAAAAGAGCAACUGCCAACGUCAUGUACAACACGUCACUGCCAGUGCUGUUUGGCAUCAAGAAAUAUGCAGAUGCAUUGUGGGAGAUAGUGAAGAAUCGCGACAUCCAGGUGAAUCUCAGACACAACCUCAUCGAGGUCCGGGCCAACAAGCAGGAGGCCGUGUUUGAAAACCUUGACAAUCCUGGAGAAACUGAAGUGUUUGAGUAUGAGAUGCUUCAUGUCACUCCUCCAAUGGGACCCAACCCGGUGGUUAAAGGAUCCUCAUUGGCUGAUGAGGGUGGCUGGCUGGACGUCAACAAAGAGACCCUUCAACAUAACGAGUAUCCCAACGUGUUUGGGAUCGGAGACUGCACCAACCUGCCCACAGCCAAAACAGCUGCUGCGGUGGCUGCCCAGUCUAGUAUUCUGGACAGAACUAUUUCAAAAGUCUUGAAGAAUGAAAAGCCAGAUACAAAGUACGACGGCUACACUUCCUGCCCUUUGGUGACGAGUUACAGUACAGUCAUUCUGGCUGAGUUUGACUAUAGUGGUCAGCCAUUGGAGACAUUCCCCAUUGACCAAAGCAAGGAGAGAUGGACCAUGUACCACAUGAAAGCUGACGUGAUGCCUCCUCUGUAUUGGCAUGGUCUUCUCAAGGGAUUCUGGGGUGGACCAGGACCAAUCAGGAAAAUCAUGCACCUUGGGAUGAAAUAGAAGUUAUAACCUAUUAAGAUGUGCUGUUCCAGACUGCUACACGAGUAAUCAUUACAAUAACCAUGAUCAUUUUAUAAUACAAUUAAACAAGUCAUUGACAAUCAAUUGAAAUCUCAAAGUAAAUCGAUGACAAAAGUAAUAUUGCAGCAUUCCAUGACAUACUAUAUCGUUCAUUAUAAACUGGGUGGUUCGAGCCCUGAAUGCUGAUUGGCUGAAAGCCAUGG